CCAAGAUCCGUCUCAGCCGGCAGUCACAUGAGUGCUCGAAGCAUUCAGCAACCACAUAGCCUUGUGUCCACGGCCCAACGCCAUGUCUCCGCCACCGCACGUCGAGCCCGAGCUCGUCUAUCGGACGCCCUCGGAUCGGUUUGACUCGCUGCCAGGCUUUCCUUACCGUGCAACUUUCUCGACGUGGGGCAACCUCAGAUACGCUUACCUCGAUGUCGAAGGACCCCUCCUCGAUGUCAAAUCGGGCUCGCCUGUUGACGAGUCGCACUUUGAGGCACAUCACAAGGUGCGGACUGAAACAGUCCUCUGCCUCCAUGGCGAGCCAACAUGGUCAUACCUCUACCGAAAAAUGAUUCCCGGCUUCCUGAACCAGGCCAGCCCCAGACCGCACGCAAGUGAAGACAAUAGGUACAUCCGAAGGAGGGUCCUGGUGCCCGAUCUGAUCGGCUUUGGACAGAGCGACAAGCCUGUCGAGGACGACUUCUACACCUUCGACAUGCACCGAGAUUGGCUUCUCCACUUUGUCACCCAGCACAUUGUUGAGGACGACCGGACCAGGCAGGGGGGACGAGUCACGCUCGUCGUUCAGGACUGGGGAGGCAUACUGGGGCUUCUGCUCCCAAGCCUCUUCCCAAGCCUCUUCACUCAUCUCAUCGUCAUGAAUACCGGUCUCGGACUGGGCAAGAUGCCCUCGAAAGGGUGGAUCAACUUCCGAGACUUUAUCAAACGCUCUCCUGACGUCGAUGUGGGUGCGCUGCUGGCCCGCGGAACACCCCUCUCGGACCGCGAAGUCGCAGCAUACAGUGCCCCAUUCCAGGGCGAGCGAACAAAGGCUGGCGUGCGUCGAUUCCCACAACUUGUGCCUGUGCACCCAAGUAUGCGCGGGGUACCCGACAGCUACGCUGCCCUGGCGUACUUCAACGCCCUGCCUCCCGCCGCAUUCACCUCAAACACUCUCGCCAAGCCUUCAGCCCCGCAGGGUCAGGGCAGAGAUUCUGGCCAGAGCCUGGGCUCGCCACUCAGCGUCUUCUUCGUCGUUGGGAAAGCAGAUCCAGUCCUGGGCGAGCCUGUCAUGCAAGCUCUUGCCAAGCGGCUCUUUGGAGCGUCAACCGGCUACUAUUGGCAUGUCAUUCCCGAAGGCGGCCACUUUGUCCAAGAGUGGAGCGAGCAUGUUCCCGGUCUCGCCGACAGGGCUUGGUCCAGCGCGCCCACCGCUGGAGCCAGCAUCGUCUACGACGGUCACAAAGCCGUGUGGGUGGCUCCCUCGCCGUCCUCCAAGUCGAAGUUGUAAGCGUGGACACGUGCCAGAUCAAUUCCAAUAUCGUCUUCCCCUUG